AUGAAGUUCUCAUCACCAGACGUGAGUAAGAUUUCCCAAAAUGCCGAGAGCGAUGACAUAGACCUGAAGUCUCUUCACUUCCUUGAGGAAGUACUCGCAUCAAUCGAAGAGCUCUCCGACCCCGCCGUCCGUAACCAGGACUUCCCGGACUUCUCUCAGUGUACCCGCAUCGACACGCACACGCAUCCCGUGCCCGAUUGGUACCGCAAGCUCUCACCUCUCGCCGCUGGCCGCGAUACGCCGUCAUGGUCCCCGUCUGCCCAUCUGAAAUUCAUGCACGAGAAUAAAAUCACCCGCAGCAUCGUCUGCAUCUCAACGCCCCAGGCAAACCUAUUCCCAGAUGAUAAGACGAGAACAGUUGCACUGGCUCGCGUGCUCAACGAGUUCUGCGCUGAAGUAGUACGUUGCUAUCCAGACCGGUUCUCCUUCAUGGCUGUGGUACCUCUCCCGUACACAGAUUGGGCUGUGAGAGAGGCGAAGUAUGCGCUUGAGGAGUUGGGAGCAAUUGGUGUGGGGGUCAUGACAAACCACGACGGGCUUUACCCCGGAGACGAAAGGGGGCCUAUCGACGUGCGUCGGAAAAGAGAGAUCGUGUUUGUGCACCCGACGGACCCCGUGAUUAGGAUUGAUAGGGCUCAAAAACUCCCCAUAUCUUCGAGUGAAGGGAAACUGGUAUCUUCUAAUCCAGCACCAUUCCGCUCCGGUCUUGGCGAAUUCUACUUCGAGACUGCACGCGCGAUAUCGAGCCUGACAGCGUCUACCACUAUCCACGACAAUCCGAGUCUCCAUUUCCGAAUCUCCCACGGUGCGGGAGCUUUCCCGUGCAUAGCGGAUCGCUUUCUACUUGGAUUCCCGGAGCUUGAGAAGAAAUCACGAAAGAUGUAUACCGAAAGGUUCUGGUACGACAGCGCUGGGCCUGUCUAUCCUCGUCAGAUCAGGGGGCUGCUGGCUUAUGACAUCCCUGUGGACCAGAUGGUGUUUGGAACGGACUAUCCAUAUGGCAUAGGCUUCUGGGAUGUUAAAGCCAAUAUCAAUGGGCUGGCCAAUGCCCACUUUCUGAGUAAUGAGGAGAAAGAAGCUGUCUUUCAUGAGAAUGCAAAGGCGUUGUGGAAGGGUAAGGUUGAGGGGUUCUAA